AUUUUUUUAAUCUUUCAGUCAACUGUCAUCCUACGGACUGUCAUUCUGUGCAUUUGUUAAAAAGUCCAGUGGUUUUUUAGGCCAUUGUUUUUGUACGCGAAUCAAGAGCAUUGAUAAAGUCAACGUAGAGGAUUUAGCUCAAAGUCCAAGUAGUACGUAAAUUGGCUGGCGACCAAAGGGCUCUUAAACCAUGGUCGAUAUCGGUGACAGCGCCAAUAACUUCCGAAGCCCGGUGCUGGUUGAACCGAAUCUAAUACCUCCGUCUGGUAUAGCAGCUGGAGCUGGAGUUAGCAUGAUGGGAGGCACAAGCGACACACAACUACGUACACCCUUCGCUGGUAAUGUACGAUCAUUGCAACCACCACCACUGCCCCAGUCACCUUAUGGUGUGACCCCUAGUAGCUACAAUGCUAAUACCGGUUUUGGCGGAUAUGGUGGUUAUGCGGGUUAUAAUGGAAUCGGCAACGCUAUUGGUUCAUAUGGUGGUUAUGGUAGCUUUGGUGGCUUUGGUUCGUAUGGAGGUUACGGUGGUGGUUUUGGCAGCGCAUACAAUCGUUUUGGUAUGGGAGGCAUUAAUCCGAUGGAUCCUGAGACGCGCUUCAUACAAUUGGCUGAGGCUAGCUCCCGACCUGCGUUCGAAAGUAUUGAAUCGCUUGUUUCAGCCAUUGGAAACAUAGCUGCAAUGUUGGAUUCUACAUUUUUUGCACUCACUAGCUCAUUCCGUGCAAUAUUGGGCGUGGCAGCAAACUUUGGACGCUUGCGUGGUGUAUUCGCACAAUUUUGGCAGACAUUUGCCGUAUAUCGUGGAUUAACAUGGAUAUAUAAGAAAAUACUUUACUGGCUGCGCUUAUCGGAAAUGGAUCCAUCAAGCGAAAAAUUCAAGCAAGCUUUUGCUGAGGCUCUAAAUGAUUCAUCACAACAACCAGGCGCCCCUAAGCUACCACGCAAGGGUCAAUCACCAUGGCCAGUACUGGCUUUUAUAAGCUUCAUUUUUACAGCACCAUAUCUAAUAAUGAGGCUCUUGGGCACAGUAACAAAUACUGCACAGGAAGAGGCACGAAAUCCAACCAAAUGGAUGAAUCCCAUAGAAACAAUCGCAAUGUAUGAUUUUCAAGCAAGAAAUCCCAGUGAGUUGAGUAUAAAAUGCAAUCAACCACUACUGAUUGCACCGAAGGAGAUACAGAAUACCCUAGGCAUGCUAAAUACUGGCUGGGCAACUGCCUGUACCGUGGAUCGUCAGAGUGUUGGUAUAAUACCAAUAAAUUAUGUUAAGAGCCCACAACAGUUGCGGGAAGAACAACUGCAACAACAACACAUUCAGCAGCAGCUUCCUAUGAUGAAAAGUACGACGCAGAAAGAACCAAAAAUAAACACCGAACCGCAACCGUCGUUAAUGGACUUAUCAACAGCAUCUUUUCGUGCACCGCCCGUAAUGCAGCAAAAGGGUAAUGUUUUAGAUGUGCCAGAUUUCGACAUCGCACCGCAGCCUGUGGGUCCAUUCAGCACAGCUGCGAUGUUAGCUGCAAGUGGUAGCAGUGAAGUAUAAUUUGAUGAAUUUUAACCCGAUUUUACUUUUUGUUAUCUUAAGCCAAUUCUAUAUAUUUAUAAAUUGUCAAAUAAUUCCAGUUUUUUUGUAGUUAGUGUAUAAUGUAUAAGUUAAGUACUGAGAAUUGCCAAUAAUGUAUUUGUUUUAACUUAAAUGGGUGUUAUAAAAAAAGCGAGCAAAAUUUUAUACACAAGCGAACAUUUUUGCUUCAUAUCUUUAAGUUUUGGUUUGUAUAGGUUUUUGGUUUAUUUGAUAUUGCUUUAAGGAUUUAUUAUUGCAAAGCCCUACGAAUGAAAUAAAAAAUAUAUAGAUACAUAUAUACUAUAAACUGAAAA